UUUAGGGGGCGUGGUCUCACACUAUUGAUGAGACUGCGUUCAUGUUCACAGUGAAGCUAUUUAUAAAGCUACACAAACAAGAUACAAGGUACCGCUAGCUGUAAUGGAGACUGAUAAGAAGAUAGUGAGAAGAAACAGGAGAGGAAUGUCGGCCAAGGACAUGUACAGCUGGCCUGAUCAAGACUUUGAGGAUAUGGAAACAGUGUUAGCAGUCCAGCAAUACAUUCAGCAGCUGAUUCGGGCCGACCCCUCAAACGUCGAUGCCAUUCUAGAACCCCCCUCUAGCCAAGAUGAAACCACCUGGAAGUACGAACACCUGAGGCAAUUCUGUAAUGAGCUAAACUGUAUAGCGGUCAAGCUACAGGAGGAGUGUGACCCGAAAGUGUGCGUUCAGAUGACGGCUACAGAGCAGUGGAUUUUUCUGUGUGCGGCUCACAAAGAACCGAAGGAGUGUUCGGCCCUCGACUACACACUUCACACACUGCACGGGGCUGCGUCUCUAUUGAAUAGCAACAAGUAUUUCCCCAGUCGAGUUGAAGUGAAGGAGAGCUCUGUGCGAUGGCUCAGUUCUGUCUCACGACGUAUCUAUCGUAUCUUCUCCCACGCUUACUUCCACCAUCGCGACAUCUUUGAUGAAUUUGAAGGCAAGACCCAUCUCUGCAGACGAUUCACUUGCUAUGUGACUAAGUACAACUUGAUGUCUAAAGACAAUUUGUUGGUUCCCAUUGGUGACCAUGACCCAGAGACAGACGAAAGCACUGCUUAGUACUGUAGCAUCAUGUAUACUACAUAACUAUUUCUUUUAUGAUCACUGUACAUUUAUAGGUCUUUCAAUAGUGGUACAUGGUAGCUGAUCAGUUUUAAAAAUCAUUAACACAAUUCACAAA